GUACCACGUGAUCCAGACUUUGCGGAAAACGAAAAUGGCAGGAGUUGAGCAGUCGAGAAAGUCUAGUGUCAUGGCUUUAUUUGCCUUUUUAUUUUCAAUUUUCUCGAUUGGAAGCUGUAGCAGCCAAGUGCCACUAUUAAUGUGGUCCAGUGACGGGUACAGUUUAACACCACUUGGUUCACCUUCAGCUGGCCAUAUCACGUCUAAUAGCCAGUGGUUGUCCUACCUUAACUCUGCCAUGGGCCCUGGCCCACAUAACGUAAUACUCUUUCUUCAGGAGAAGUUGAGCAAGGACGACUUCACAAUGUAUGGUGGAGUGUUUGGAAACAAAAAAGAUAGUGCCUUUCCCAACCUUGAGUCUGCGUUGCGAGCCUCCCCUUCACAGCUGGUGUUGCCUGCUCUGGCAUGGCCUGGCUCGAGCGCUAUCCCGGCUCUGUUGCAGGACAAGCUGGGCGUCUCUCCUGUCCUCAUAGACCCAGACACGCUGGCCCAUCUUCACCUGAAUGCAUCUGCUAGUAACCUGCUGAUCAUCAAUUUGCCAUAUUCUGCUGGUACAUCCAUGUCCUGUAAGCAAGUCCUGAAAACCAAUGAUGAAGUCAUUGGAAAGGUUCUGAGCAUCAUGAAAGGCCAGAAUGUUCCGUAUAUCUCCAUUUACACUGGGCUGAAGCCAUCACGGGUGAUUGCGGAGGUGUCAGCUGGCCAACCUAAAGGCCGGUCUCUGCUACAAGCCAUGGAAGACACCGUCAAGGCACCCUUGAUGUUCAAUGACACUGAGGGAAGGCCUUGCAUCAUGCUUUGGGCACAGGACCUCGAAGUUAGUUUUGGAACUGGCGAGUGGGUGCGUUUGGCUAAUUUCACUCCAACCAUGGAUGGCUCCCAAUGCAACGUCAACACCUCACAACUUGUUCUGAACUAUGAAUCUCUUCCUGUUUACACAACCGUCCGUCUCACCUUCAACAUGAGCCAGCGGCGCUACCCUGUCUCAGGCCGAAACUGGUUCACCCUAAACAAUGUGGUCGUGGUGGGUCAAGGUGAAACGGCGACAUUCAACGGCAGCCGUGGCAUCUACGCCCCCUCUGAGUACUCCUUCCACUGUCAGUCUGUCAGCAGCGAACGUGACGCCCUGCUGGUUCCGGCCACUGAAGAACGCCCCAAAUGGAGACUCAACUUCAUUGACUUUCAGAUCCAGGGCUUUAAUAUAUUGAAUGGAACAACAGACUUCUCCUAUGCCAGUGACUGUGCAGGCUUCUUCACGCCAGCCAUUUGGAUGGGCCUGAUCACCUCACUGAUCAUGCUGCUGAUCCUCACCUACGGUCUGCACAUGAUCAUGCAGGUCCACACCAUGGACCGCUUUGACAACCCCAAAGGUCCCUCCAUCUCUGUGCCUCUGUCUGAGUAACACACACCGCCAAUUCAGUGCCCCUGAAUGGUUAAAGGGAGACAAGAUGCCAUCCUCCACUUUGCUGAGGGCCCUUCCUUUCUUACUUCGGAGCAGCUGUUCAGUACCUCAGUAGAACGUCACUUCUGUUGAUUUAGCUCCUUGUCUUUCCCGCUGUCAAGCCUAAACUUUCAUCUGGAAACCGUGCCUGAUUUUUCUCCAUCAUUGAAACCUUCUUUCCUUGGUACAUUCCAUUAAUUCCCGUCAUCAUUGAACUGUUAGUGAUUGCGAGUUAAGUGAGUUACCCUUGGUUCUUCAAAUGUAUGGUUACCAUUCAAGAAAUUGUCAGAGAGUGCACUGUAGAUCUUCUUUGCCAAUACAUAACUUGAGUAUUCUUCUACCUUGUUAAGGUACUCAAUCUCACUCUUGAGUGGAAUGUAACUACAGCAUGAGAGUUGUAAUUUGGUUUUAGUCUAUCAGUAAGUUUCACACCUGUAUAAUUUAAGACUACGUAGAUGAAAUAAUUAUUUGUGUAUAUAUGAAGUUUAAUUUGUGUGUCGAUACAUGCUUGUGAACGUUUGGGUUGCCUUUUGAGACGCAAAGAAUGUUUCAUUGUUUUACUUACCCCAAACUGAAGUCUAUUUGCAUGCUAUGCUGAAAGAACAUUUGAGAUGAAAUAGAUUGUAAUGCUUGCUAAAUAUGACACGUGCCAAUGCAACAGUUGAAUUAAAUAAUAUUUUAUCUUAGAAUAAAUUCAUUUAUUUAUAAGAAAUCUCCCUAUUUUAGUGCCAAGAGUAUACAUGUAUAGGUUUAUGCUCUGCGAGAAUGGACCAUGUUGAUGCUGUACUCUUACUGUUGCCAAAUAAAAUAUUGAUAAACCGCGCGUUUGAAUUACAAAA